UUCAGCGACCGCGCGGCGGCGACGCUCCCUGCUGGCGACCUCCGCACUUUCUAAACCGCAUAUCUUAGUGCUAAGUGGUGUGAUUAAUUGUCGAUUGUUGAAAGGAAGUCCGCUCGAAUUGUGCACGUCACUCGUUACUGCAAGGAUACGCUCACAGGCCUGGCCUCAACUGGGAUGAGAGUCUCUCGCGUUGGUUUCUAAAGUGCAAAUAGUGUUUAUGUAAAAACUGACGACGCGUGUGUUGUGAAAUGAGGAGUGAAACGAGACGGUGACUCUCGGCAAACGCGUGGAAAUGAAAAGAGAAAAGUACAAAAUAUUCUUGGAACUCAGGCUGGGUGAGCGAUGAAGGGGUGGUUCGAUGCGUUCCGCGAGGAAGGUGGGCCUACACUAUACGCGUACCAUAACCGCACGGCAGUCGCGGCAGACGUGCCAGCCCUGGCGCUGGUCGUCGCCGCGCUCACGCUCUACCUCGCCUUCCUCGCCAUAUUCCCCGGCAUCAGGAAAGAGAGAUUCUCAACGUUCACCAUAGUUACCCUGAGUCUUUUCGUCGGCACUGUCAUAUUAGUGUGUAAGCACGGGUCGUCGUGGCACGUGUCCGGCGCGCGGGUCGCCCGCGCGUCUUACCGAGCUUUCUCCACUGAAAGGCUGGACUGCUGGCUGUCUGUUCAUGUGGGCUUGGGCCACGUCAACGUUACGCUUAAUGCUCUCUCCUGGGGGAACACGACGGUUGGCGAUCCAGGCGUGGACUACAAUGAGCAGUUCCGCUGGGAAGAGGCCGGGGCCAUCCAGGAGUGGUACCGCGCGGGACUGAGCAGAGGGCUCCCUUACCCCGUCCUCUCCAUAGCGGAACACUUCGCGGUACAACAUGAAGGCUUCGAGUGGGGCGCGAAGUACAGGGCAGCUGGGUAUACCACCUCCACCUUGCUUUGGACCGCGCUAGCGCUGUGGCUCCUAAUGAACCUGCUCCUCGUGGUGGUCCCGCGGUACGGGGCCUACGCGAUGGCGACAUUAGGGACCACGCUGUGUGCCGCGGCCGGCGGCUACUGGGCGUCCUUGCCCACCGCACCGCUCGUAGUCAGGCUCGACGGCGCCAUGCUAUUCUUCUCGCUAGGCUGGUGCUUCUGGCUCGUACUCAUUGCAGGAGGAACAUGCGUGGUGGUAGGCUUGCUAAUAGCAGCGCUGGACCUGAUGUGGCCGCACAAGUUCUCCACGGUGCUGGAGGUGGACUACGACACGCCAUACGACCGGCACGUGCUGAUCGUCGACAGCAGCCGCCAGCGCGCGCGCCCGCCGCAGCCGUCGCUGCCUACUAGGAUACUUAGGAGAUUAUCAUCGAAGACUCGGGACAUGGGCAACGUAUCGAUGUCGGUGGUGAACGAGAGCGACCGGGGGAGGGACAACCCUGCCUUCCAGCACGAGCGCAAGCCCAACUCGCCCUGGAGGUAUCCGCUCUUCAGGAGACAGAUCGAUAGGGUGGACUCUGCGUCAAGCCUGGGCUCGAGUAUAAACGGCAACAAUUCCGGGAUCAAGAUGUCGCCGCUAGGGAACAGCACGCUUGGGGCUGCACCAUCUAUACCCAUACACAGGUUUAGGCCACAGAUCCCAGCCGCGGAACGAGUAAAAGAUAUGUGGUGAAGAAGUACUCUAGUAAAAAAAUUAAUUAUAGUUAUCUUAGUGCCAGGAGUAAGUAUCGGCAACGCUUGGCCGAACUACUGAUCUCGUGAGACGGACUUUACUAUAUUAAUUUAUACACCACCACACUAAUUCGAUUUACCUAACUUAGAACCUGAAGAACAUUUUAGUAAUUAUUAUGGUGAACUAUUCAAGCACUUUCAAUUAAUACGCGUGUCCGUCGGUUGUAUGCAAAUUGAUGCAAUUGUAAAUAUGUAAAUUAUUAAAUAUUAACUGUAAAUUAUAUAGAAAUUAUUCCGUCCAGUGUCAUAAAUUAUAAUGUCUAGAAAUAUAACAUUUUGCAUACCUCGUUAUAAUCAUGUACGUUUAGUAAAUCGUGAAAAAAAAUAUAUAAUCAAAACAUCGACACAAGUGAAUGCUUUGUGCCAUAUAAAAAUUAGAGCGUAGACAAUAUUGAGAUGAAACUAACGAUCAAUUAAUUAAAUAGCUACGUAAGGCCCUGCUCACACUACAGGAUAAAUAUGUAUUCAAGUCAAAUUUAUGGCUAAAAUUGCCAACAAAACGACGUAUUAACUUUACAAAAAUUACAUUUAACUUUGCAUGAGGCCUUAUUCUAAAGAUUGUAAUCGAUAGUUCAAUUGAUAAAUUAUUAUGUGGCAUUAAUGUAAUAAAACUACAUUUUGUAACCAAUGCAAUUAAUUUAUAACUAAGUAUAAAACCUAUUUCAAAAUUACAUGAACAACAUUAGCUAGUGCGAUAGAUUUCAAUCUGGAACCACAAACAAUUAUUGUAUUAUUUGACAUUGUAUUGACUAUUACUACUAGAAAGAAGUCAUUUAGUUAUAAAUUAGUAGAUAAGCUAUUUAUUUAAACUUAACGUAGUUGGACGUGCGAACGAUAUGUGAUAGUGUGGACGUUUUAAAUUACAAAUUUAAUUUCUACGUCAUAAGUAUUAAUAUAAACAUCACAGGUCAUGUUCAAUGUUGCGAAAAUAUGUUUGCAACAGUGAAUAUGCGUCGUUACCUUUGAAAUCAAUAUAAAAGUGAGACUUUAAAGAGUGACUGUAAAAUAAAAUGUAUUUAUUGUGAUCGACAAAAAUAUAUUCAAAUUUCAAAAUU